AUGCGUCUGUUUAUUGUUCUCAUGCUGCUCUACUUUAUCUUAAUGUUCCAAAAUACGAACGGUAAUGGCUGUUGUACUUGUACUUGCUGCCGUGGUCAAGGCUGUGUACCCAAACAAAAACCGUCUUUUAACGUUGACGGUUGUGAUUCAGUUGGCAAAUGUAAUACUGAAUGUUGUCAACGUUAUACACAAAAUUGUUUUCCAUUACCAGGACCAGGCUAUAUCGAUUCAGUUUGUAACAGUUCGACAGUUUGUACUUAG